AGAUGUACCUUGUACCUUGGUCGUAGAUAAAAACACUUAAGAUAUCUGUAAACGCACCAUGCUAGCCAAAGCUGCUGAGCUAAGUUGGCAGACAACAAAGACAAAGCUGAUAUCUAGUUUCCUGAUGAUUGUCUACGUCGAAGACUUGUUUGUGUCGUACGUUUAUAUACAUUCGUGUUAGGAAUUGUCGAUUUGAAACGCCAGUUUGGACUGUUGUCCGCUAAGAACAGUUGCAGGUUAACUGCGGUGGGCGAAACAAGUGCUAACAGGAGAUGUUCGGUUUCGCCUCACUCUGAGGUUUAAACCCCCGUCAAGAUGCCCGCAGUGUCCACAGAGGUGAAGGAGCUGUAUUUAUCCACAUCUCUGGGCGAACUCAACAAAAAAGCGGAAAUCAAGCCCGACAAGACCAGCACCAGGAGUUAUGUUCAGAGUGCCUGCAAGCUCUUCAAGGCAGCAGAGGAAUGCCGUUUGGACAGAGAUGAGGAGAAAGCGUAUGUCCUUUACAUGAAAUAUCUUACGGUAUAUGACAUCAUUAAGAAAAGGCCAGACUUCAAGCAGCAACCGGAGUAUUAUAUUACUCUGCUCGGUCAAAACAGCUUCAAGAAAGCCAUAGAAGAAGCAGAAAAGCUCUCUGAAAGCCUUAAACUUAGGUAUGAAGAAGCUGAGGUUCGAAAAAAGCUUGAGGAGAAGGAGCGAUUAGAAGAAAAGAAGAAAAGAGAGGACAUUGAGAAGAAAAAAGAUGUGGGCUCUCCAAAAGCAUCAGCUGCAAACAAGAAGGACAGUAAAAAGGUGAGAGGUGAGCAGAAUGAGCUGAAGAGUGUGAUCACAAAAGUUGUACAACCAGCUGGUGGUAUUACAGCCGAGAAGCUUUUUCAAAUGAUGAAAGACCAAACGAUCUCCAUGGUCGUCAUGGACGCCCGAAGCCUCAAGGACUACGAAGAGUCCCACAUUCAAGUCCCAGCCCAGACCUGCAUCAGUGUGCCUGAGGAGGCCAUUAGUCCAGGAAUCACUGUGAAUCAGAUUGAGGCAAAGCUGCCAAGCAUGUCCAAGGAUCACUGGAUGAAACGUGGGUUUGUGGACUACAUCAUCUUGCUGGACUGGUUCAGUUCCGUCUCUGACCUCAAACUGGGCACCACUUUGCAGAGCCUCAAGGAUGCUCUCUUUAAGUGGGACAGCAUGACCAUUCUGCGAAGUGAGCCACUUGUUCUAGAAGGGGGCUAUGAGAACUGGCUGUUGUUUUAUCCCAUGUACACGACCAAUGCCAAAGUUCAACCCCCCAGAGAGACCAUGGUCAAUACUCUCCCUCAGUUGAACUUUAGCUACCCAUCCUUAGAGGAGCCAAAGCCUCCCGUGGUUCAUCCUGAGCCUGUGGUCCAACCCGACACCCAGAAGCCGCCAGCUCCAGCAGUGGCCAAUGGGGUUGCACCUGCAGAGCCUCCCACAUCCAAAACCUCCGUUAUUGCUGACAAAUUGCCAGACACACACGACUCCCCAGUAAGAAGCCCCGCAAGUACUGGGUUGGAUCUAAAUAAGAAGAGCCCUGCACCCAACCAAUCCCCUGCGACAGCCAAAGCAUUCCCUCAGUUUGACCGAACCAAAAAACCCGUGCGAGAUGAACCUAAGCCCAAGGAGGAUGGGUCCACGAAAGACUCGACGCAGAAUGGACCUGUUGUCCCUGACCGUUCAGUGAAGCCGCCGCUCAUUCCCAGCACAUCUCUGUCCAAAGAGGAACAAAACCAGAUACACCUAGAAGCUGUGGCGGUGAUGGAGAAGGCCAAGCAAGAGCAGGAGAAACGCAUGCAGGAGCGCCGCCUAGAAGAGGAGAAGCGAGAGAAAGAACUAAAGGACAGGCUGGAAAGAGAGGAAAGUGAGAGGAGGAGCAAACAAGAAGAGGAGAAGAGGCAUCUGGAGAGGAAGAGACUUGAAAGACAAAAGGCAGAGGAAGAGGAAGACAAAGAGAACAAGACAUGGGAUGAGAGGGAGAGGAGGGGGAAGGAGCCCAAUGCUGACACUCCCUCAAAAAGCAUGUCUCUGGAUUCACCUGUUCCUAACCAUCUUGUUAGUGAGAUAAAGAGGGAACCUUUAACCAGAGCUAGAAGUGAGGAGAUGGGCAGGACAGUUCCAGGCCUACCUGACGGCUGGAUGAAGUUCCUUGACACAGUGACCGGGACAUACAGAUACUACCAUUCCCCAACUAAUCGGGUCCACCUGUACCCCCCUGAGGUCACGGUGCCUCAAACGCCACCUUCCACUCCACCCACAGUCAAACAGAAGCCGCCACAACCAGCUGAGCCGGACACCAGCCACGAGAGGGAACAGGAGCAGUCCAAACUGAAGCGCUCCUAUUCCUCCCCAGACAUCAGCCAGGAUCUGAGGGAGGAGGCCCAGAAAAAGGCCACCGCCCCACCCACUCCUGCUGUCAUACCCACUAUCAACAGAGACACCAAGCCGGUCACUGCAAAAGUGUACUCUAAAGUAGAGAUCGCACGGCCAUCAGCAGCCAAAAUUCGCAGCUUGAAUCCUACUUUCGGAGGGAUGGGUGCGUCACUUACUGGCCUCCGUAACCUUGGCAACACCUGCUACAUGAACUCCAUCUUGCAGUGUCUUUGCAACACUCCUGCCAUGGCUGAGUACUUCAAUAGCAAUUACUAUCUGGAGGAUAUUAACAGAUCCAACAUUCUUGGGCACAAAGGGGAGUUUGCAGAGGAGUUUGGUGUGAUUAUGAAAGCCCUGUGGGCUGGUUUGUACAAGUGCAUCAGUCCACGUGACUUCAAGAUCACCAUUGGCAAGAUCAAUGACCAGUUUGCUGGCUAUGACCAACAAGACUCCCAAGAGUUGCUGCUGUUCCUCAUGGAUGGCCUUCAUGAAGACCUAAACAAGGCGGACAAUAAGAAACGAUACAAAGAGGAGGAAAACGACCAUCUGGAUGACCAGACCGCAGCUGACCUGGCCUGGAGCAAACACAAACUCCUCAACGAGUCCAUCAUUGUAGCCCUGUUCCAGGGCCAGUUCAAGUCUACAGUGCAGUGUUCCACCUGCCAUCGCAAGUCACGGACGUUUGAGACUUUCAUGUACCUGUCGCUGCCCCUGGCUUCCACCAGCAAGUGCUCCCUGCAGGACUGUCUGAGGUUAUUCUCCAAAGAGGAAAAACUGACCGACAACAACAAAGUGUUCUGCAGACACUGCAAAGCCCACAGAGAUUCAACCAAGAAACUGGAGAUUUGGAAGGUUCCACCCAUCCUCCUGGUGCACUUAAAACGGUUUUCCUAUGAAGGAAGAUGGAAGCAGAAACUGCAGACUACAGUGGACUUCCCUCUAGAUAAUCUGGACCUGACCCAGUAUGUUAUUGGACCCAAACAAACCCUCAAAAGAUACUAUCUUUAUGGAGUUUCUAAUCACUACGGUGGCUUGGAUGGUGGACAUUACACUGCCUACUGUAAGAACGCCACGAAGCAGCGCUGGUACAAAUUCGAUGACCAUGAGGUGUCUGAGAUCUCCACCUCCUCCGUCAAGUCCUCUGCGGCUUACAUCCUCUUUUACUCCACCUUGUGAUGUGCUGUAGGGAGUGAGGUAAUAAAGGUUAACCAGGGCAGCAGCGGCUCCAUGUGAAAAUCCCGGUUCUGAGGAACUGGCGCUCAUAGUUGCAGUUCAGCUGGACAGGAGAGAGGAAGCACUCAAGCCAGUGGCUCAAGAGUCCCUCAGCAGAGGGUGGCGUGUGCACACAGUGCAUUGCUUCAGCCACUAAACGACCCUGUAGCUGUAAAACGUGCCGUCAGAUCACAGUACUGAUCAUCCAGAGACUAAAUGGAUUAAUCAAAGUUCUUCAACAUAAUUGUGUUUUAGGGAUGGCGGCUUUGCUCUCAUUUCUGUUGUACUCGUGUGGGUGGCAGUGUUAUAGAACUGCCCUUUUUCUUUUUUUUUUUCUUCUUUUUUUUAGCUUUGUUGUACUGUGUACACAGGAUUAAUAGUUAGACGGCAUGUACAUUCAUACCAAUGCUGAUGUUGCACUUUCACAUAUUUUCGUGUAAAUAUUUGAGGGCCAGGUCUUCAUCUGUUGAGUGACCAAAUGAUGUUCUCAUGGGAGGUAGCGGCUUAACGUCAACACUCGGAAGGACUUGACUUGCCUUCUAGUGUUUGGGUGAGAUAGACGAAGGCUUCAAAGUUCCUUUUUCAGCUUUGAUUAUUACUGUUCAUAAUAACCACAUUCAUGCACUUCUUACACAUUAUGCAAUCAUCAUAAAUUGUUCGUGUAGAACAGAUUAAGGGCGUAUUUUAACACAAAACGAUUACAAUUGUUUCUUUUUUUCCCCCCAGCUUUUGCCUAAAUAAACUCUACCAGCUUCUAUAAAUUUUGUUUUCCACAUUAUUUUCCGCUACCAUUGAUUUAAAAAAUAAAUAAAUAAAAUAAAAAUAUUCAACAGAAAGAAAUGUCCUGGAAAAUGAAUGUUUACUGUUGUUAAACAGUUGUUUUUUUCUGGACAUUUUCUUCUGUAAAAGUUGUACUGCUAAUUUUUGCUUUCUGUUCAUUAAUGAGGAAGAAGUGAAAUAUUUCCCCUUUUUUUGUUUUUUUGACAUUUUGCUUCUUGACUGACCAAGCAAGCGAAGUGAGAGAGCACAAAGUGAGCCGAUGGUUUUUGAAUACACCAAGAAUUCUCUUUUUUUCUUUUUUCCCCCUAUGCUAGAGUUUUGAGGCUUUGCAUGAUAUAUGAAUGACCUGGACUUCUUUUCACUUUUGUGUUUAUUCAAAUUUUCUAAAGGUCUAUAUAUAAUUAGUUUCAUAUAUAACUAUGAUAUUAACCCCAAGCAAAUCAUGAUAAUUUAUUAAAACGGCUUCAAAUG